CCUCAGUUACUUUAAUGUUAUGCCGCUUUUCUGUCACUAGGGAGAGAUAUAUGUGAACUCUCUCUCGCGCGCACACACACACGCGCACGUGUUUAAACAGCGUCCCGCGGCACUGCACGCGCACUCACUGCAGCACCGUCCCGUCGCGGGAUGGAUGAACCGGACGCGUCGCGUCAGCAGCAGCAGCGGAACGGGCCCGCCGCGGAUGCGCGCAUGCACGGGGUGUUUACAGACGCGGACACCGGGCGGCUCACGUACGCGCUGAGUCUGUCGGACAGCUGCCUCACGGUCCAGAGGAUCAACUCCCCUUCAUCACCACCAGCAUCAUCGGAGCACCUGGACCUGCGCGACUGCCUGGGAAGCCGCGCGCACCGGGGCGAGCUCGAGGACCAGGGCGCGUAUCUGUGCGCGUAUUUCUACCCGUACCGGCGCCGGUGGAUGGCUUCGGGUCCGGCUCGCCAGAGGGACGAGCGUCGCUUUCGGCUCGAGCUCAAUAGGGAUGAUGAUAAUAAUGAUGAGGAGGAGGACGCGAACCUGCGCGAGGCGGAAAGGUGGGCGCGCGCCAUCAGAAACAACACCGCGCGCCGCCCGGGAAACACUCACGGUGUGUUGUUCUCUGAGGUCCGCCGCCCAUGUGGCCUGAUGGUAUUGGUCAAUCCUCAGAGUGGGCGGGGCCAAGCAAUGGCUCUCUAUAACGGCCACGUUCAGCGGAUGCUCACUGAGGCUGAUAUACCGCACACGCUCGUCAUCACAGAGCGUCCGAAUCAUGCUCGAGAUCUGGUGAGGAACGCCGACCUGACGCAGUGGGACGCUUUUGUGAUUCUGUCUGGAGACGGGCUGCUGUUUGAGGUCGUGAACGGUCUAAUGGAUAGGCAGGAUUGGGAAAAGGCCAUCCAGACUCCUCUGGGAAUCCUGCCCGGAGGUUCAGGAAACGCACUGGCUGCUUCCGUCCAUCACUACACGCGUGAGUCUCCGGUGUGGGGUGAGGAUCUGUUGACUAGCUGUGGCUUUUUGCUGUGCAAGGGUCUGAUCUCAGGGCUCGACCUGAUCUCCAUCCGUCUGUCCUCCGGCGCUCGUCUCUUCUCCUUCCUGUCUCUGGCCUGGGGCUUCGUGGCUGACGUGGACAUCGAGAGCGAACAGUUCCGUCAGAUCGGAGAGCUGCGCUUCCUCCUGGGAACGCUGGUGCGUCUGGCGUCCUUACGGAUCUAUCAGGGAAAACUGGCCUUCCUGCCUGCCGGAGACCAGCCGGAAACGGACUCCUCUUCGACCGCCGACAACCAGCUGCUCGACCACCUGCUCGUCCCGCUCGACCAGCCCGUUCCACAGGACUGGACGGUCGUGGAGGAGCAGGAUUUCGUCCUGGUGCUCGCCAUGUUCCAGUCACACCUAAACGAGGAACUGAUGGCGGCUCCAGAGGCCCGCACCGACGACGGACUGAUCCACCUGUUCUACGUGACGGCGGGAAUCUCUCGGGCCACCCUGCUGCGACUCUUCCGGGCCAUGCAGAGCGGGACGCAUCUGGACUGCGGAUGCCCGCACCUGGUGUACCGGCGAGCGCGAGCGCUGAGGCUGGAGCCGCUGAGCGAGGCCGGCGUGAUGACGGUGGACGGGGAGCGCGUGGAGUACGGGCCCGUUCAAGCACAAGUGCACAGAGGGGCGGCCCGCAUCAUCUCCACAUGACGCUGUUUUUAAAGCACAAUCCGGACUGGCUGCCGUUAAACUUGAACUUAAUGUGUUCCUUUGUUUGAUUAAAGAAUUGUAACUUUGAGUGAAUCUCACGAAAACAUGUCCAGGUCACAUUUCACCCCAAAAACAAAAGAAAUUACAUUUCGUAUUUCGACUUUUUAACAUUUUAAAAAUUGUUAUUCCAAAUUUUUCUAAUCUAAUCUAAAUAAAUAAAUACAAUUAUUUGGGUGAAAUAUAAGCUGAACAGUUUUCAUGAGAUUUUUUUCUGAUGCUUGUGUAUCUGAAAACUUAUCCAGGUCAAAUUUCACCCCAAAAAUCAAAAGAAAGACAUAAGAAAUAAUAUUUUGCAUUAAGAAAAUGAAGACAACCAUUAAGAUUUUUUACAUUUUGACAUUAUUUUCUGAUCAUUUAACCCAAAAAAUCUUUUUUUUUUUUCUUUUCUGCAAAUAUAAUAUUUAAUUUCUUCAGAUUUUUGGGGUGAGGUUUGUGAGAUUCAAGGUCUCUGAUGCGCGAGCAUCUGUAUUAUGCUGGAGUUUAUGCUGCUGCGAUGCACCAAUCUUGAUUUUCUGAAGUGCCAACGUUGAACAUAUGAUAUAGCUGUUCAUCUUUAUUUUUCUAUGAUAGAGCAAAUGUUUUAUGUUUGGUAUUAUUUAAGAGAGCGUUGUAAUGUGCCGCCUUCUGAUCCUCCUAGGAAAUUACAGCUCACUUACAAUCUAAAUCAUAAUGACAUUUGUGGCUUUCAUCUGAUUUUGGUCAGAAUAAAAUGGAUGCAUUGGGGAUUUUUUUUUUUUCUCUUUUUCUCUGAUUGACAAAUACAGGAAGGUUUUUAGUGAUAUAAUGCAAUAAAAUGAAGCACAAACAAUGCACAUUAUGUGUGCAGCUGGUGCUUAAUCUGUGUGUUUUAUUGCUCUUGUGCUACAGAAGAGAAUGAUGGGAAAUAUUGUUUGAUCAUGCAAACCUGUCACACUUCAUCAUCACAUUUUUCAUCAACGGCAUACUAACUUUAUUGUAUAGUUGAUAUGGUAAAAUGUCCUGUCAAUGGUUAAAACUGACACCAAAAACAACAUUUGAUUUGCUUCUAUAAGUUAAAACAAAUGUCUAUCAUUACUACUUAGCCGUUGUUCAUUCGCUUACAUUCAUUUUUCAGUUUAACUAUCUUUUGAAAUGUUAAUAUUUGAACUGAUUUAUAUAAUGUUAGCAAACAAGAUGAAACAUUUGGAGGGAAACUAUACAACUAAUACCAUCACAAUAUACGUACAUUAAAUUCAAUAAUAACACUUACCAAUGUUUGUGCUGCUGUUUCUCCUAAAGGUUAAAAAAAAAAAGUAAAAUAAUCAUCCACUCAUAACCAAAGCUUGCGCUUAAAAUCACCCCUGUGUUCACUUCAUUGUGCACUAAUAUGAUUUCUGUUUUCAAACUGAGAGUUGGUAGUGAUGUUCUGGGAUUUAAAACAACAAACAAGGUAUUCAGAAGUGCAAGUAUUUGCAUAAAUUAUAUUGAAUAGAAGUGCAAAGUAUCAAUAUGGGUUUUUCAGUGACCUGUUAUUUAAAUUUAGUUCCUCACAAACUUGACAUUUUUUUUAUAACCUUGUACGGAUCAUCUAGAUGUAGACUAAUGGACAGAAUCCAUAUGGUUAACAUGUGUUAGUGUCAGAUUUGCUAACAUGUUAAAUAUCGGUAGUUGAUUUGUGUAUGGAUGAUAAUAUUUCUUUGUUUUGAGACAUUUGGUUUUUACAAUAUGUGACCAGAAGGGAUUCUAUGGAGAGCUGGAACAUUCGGAAUAAAAGUGCUUUGAUUUGUUUGCGAAUCAGAAAUGUGCAUAUGAUUGCAACUGUACUGUGAUAUUUAAACCCCAUUCUCUGUAUACUUUAUAUAUAUAUAAAUAUAAGUUAUAUAUUUUUCCAAGUCAUACAAUUUGUAUGAAAAAAAAAAUAAUAAAGAUACACAAUAUUA